AUGGCCCACGCUGCGGGCGCAGACAGCCGAUACUACACCAGCAAUCAGUACGAGCAGGCGCGCCCCAAACAGUCAGUAGUCGUCCCUCGCCCUCCGUCUCCUCCCCGCAACUUACAGGAACGCCAGGCUCCUCAUGUCACACCUCCCGCGGCACACGUACCGCUCGAUGAGGACCUCUUCGUCCACGACAAGUACACCGGUCGCCAGCGGCCGAACAUCGACUUCCUCAGGGAACACUUCUUCCACGAAGGCCGCCUCUCCCACAAGCAGGCAAACGCGAUCCUCGAACAGGCCACGGAUCUCAUGAGCCGCGAGCCGAACCUGCUCCAUGUACCUAGCCCCGUAACCGUGUGCGGGGAUAUCCACGGCCAAUACUAUGAUCUCAUGAAGAUCCUCGAAGUCGGCGGCACUUUUGACGAGAACAGCUAUCUGUUCCUAGGAGACUACGUCGAUCGCGGCUGCUUUGGCAUCGAGUGUCUGCUGUACCUCUACGCCCUCAAACUCUGCUACCCUAGCCGAAUAUACCUGCUCCGCGGGAACCACGAGUGCAGGCAUCUGACGGAGUAUUUCACGUUCAAGCGCGAAUGUCUGCACAAGUACUCCCUGGAGAUCUAUGAUGCCUGUAUACGCUCCUUCCAAGCACUGCCCAUCACCGCCCUUGUGGACGGCAAAUUCUUCUGUGUGCAUGGCGGCAUCUCGCCAGAGCUGGACACCCUGAAGGACCUUGAGAACCUCAACCGCUUUGAAGAGCCUGCAUCAAAAGGUCUCCUGUGUGAUUUACUAUGGGCAGAUCCUAUACCAAACUUCGGUCAUGAGCAAGAUCCGACAAUGGGCGCUGGCCUCCCGCCAGGCGUUCCGUUCGUAGACAACCAUACGCGUGGGUGCAGUUACUACUACACAUACGACGCCGCCUGCAAGUUCCUCGAACGUAAUAACCUGCUGGGCAUCUUCCGAGGACACGAAGCGCAGGACGCGGGGUACACCAUGCACCGCAAGACACCGACGAAGAAAUUCCCUUCCGUAAUCACUAUCUUCAGCGCCCCAAACUAUCUGGAUGUCUACCACAACCGCGGCGCGGUGAUCAAGUACAAGAACAAAAACAUCACGAUCAGGCAAUACAACGCGAGCUCGCACCCGUAUUGGCUGCCGAACUUCAUGGACGCCUUCACGUGGUCGCUCCCGUUCGUCGGCUCGAAGAUCACCGAGAUGCUGCUCGCGAUCCUAUCCGUGUGCUCGGACCAGGAGCUCGAGUCCGUCUCGUCCGAGGAGGAGGACGCGGACCGGGCGCGGGCGCUCGAGGACGACGACUCGGACGAGGACGCGCGGACGGUCGACCUCGCGUCGAGCGGGGACAUAUCCCAGCGCCGGCAGGAGAUCAAGAACAAGAUCCUCGCGGUCGGGCGCAUGCAGCGCAUCUUCCAGCUCCUCCGAGAGGAAGCCGAGGGCGCGACGGAGCUCGCGCUCGCGCCCGGGGCGUACCCCGCCGAGCAGGCGCCGACGGCGUGGCCGGGCGGGUUCGCGAACCCGUCCGCGGCGCCGGACGCGCUCGGGGUGUCGGGCCAGGGCGCGCGGCGGGCGAUCCGCUCGUUCGCGGACGCGCGCGUGUCCGACGCGGCGAACGAGCGGAUGCCGUCCCAGUUCGACUACACCGCCCCGAGCUCGCUCCCGCUCGUGCCCGUGCCGAGCAUGCGGAUCCCGGGGCUCGCGCUCGCGGCGCACGGCGGCGCGGGCGAGGACGGGGCCGUGGAGGGCGGGGGCAGGAUGGCGAUGGAGGACCUGAUCAAGAGGGCGCUCGAGGAGGAGGGGCUGGGCGACGGGGGGAUGGUGGAGCGGCUGGCGGACAGGAUCGCGCGGGGGAAGAGGUCGGCGCGGCCGAAGGGGCUCAAGCGGUUCGGAACGGCGCCGUGA